UCUGUGCGCGCCCGCUCUAUGAUGCUUGCGCGCGUCCCCCGCGCGCCGCGCUGCGGGCGGGGCGGGUCUCCGGGAUUCCAAGGGCUCGGUUACGGAAGAAGCGCAGAGCCGGCUGGGGAGGGGGCUGGAUGCGCGCGCACCCGGGGGGAGGCCGCUGCUGCCCGGAGCAGGAGGAGGGGGAGAGCGCGGCGGGCGGCAGCGGCGCUGGCGGCGACUCCGCCAUAGAGCAGGGGGGCCAGGGCAGCGCGCUCGCUCCGUCCCCGGUGAGCGGCGUGCGCAGGGAAGGCGCUCGGGGCGGCGGCCGUGGCCGGGGGCGGUGGAAGCAGGCGGCCCGGGGCGGCGGCGUCUGUGGCCGUGGCCGUGGCCGUGGCCGGGGUCGGGGCCGUGGCCGGGGCCGGGGCCGGGGCCGCGGCCGUCCCCAGAGUGGCGGCAGCGGCCUUGGCGGCGACGGCGGCACGGGCGGCUGCGGCGUCGGCAGCGGUGGCGGCGUCGCCCCCCGGCGGGAGCCUGUCCCUUUCCCGUCGGGGAGCGCCGGGCCGGGGCCCAGGGGACCCCGGGCCACGGAAAGCGGGAAGAGGAUGGACUGCCCGGCCCUCCCCCCCGGAUGGAAGAAGGAGGAAGUGAUCCGAAAAUCAGGGCUCAGUGCUGGCAAGAGCGAUGUCUACUACUUCAGUCCAAGUGGUAAGAAGUUCAGAAGUAAACCUCAGCUGGCAAGGUACCUGGGAAAUGCCGUUGACCUCAGCAGUUUUGACUUCAGAACUGGCAAGAUGAUGCCUAGUAAAUUACAGAAGAACAAACAGAGACUGCGGAAUGAUCCUCUCAAUCAGAACAAGGGUAAACCAGACUUAAACACGACAUUGCCAAUUAGACAAACUGCAUCAAUUUUCAAGCAACCAGUCACCAAAGUCACAAACCACCCCAACAAUAAAGUGAAGUCAGACCCACAACGGAUGAACGAACAACCACGUCAGCUUUUCUGGGAGAAGAGGCUGCAAGGACUUAGUGCGUCGGAUGUAACGGAACAAAUUAUAAAAACCAUGGAGCUACCCAAAGGCCUUCAAGGAGUCGGCCCGGGUAGUAACGAUGAGACCCUUCUGUCUGCCGUGGCCAGUGCUCUGCAUACAAGCUCUGCACCAAUCACAGGGCAAGUCUCUGCGGCUGUGGAAAAGAACCCUGCUGUCUGGCUUAACACAUCUCAACCCCUCUGCAAAGCUUUCAUUGUCACAGAUGAAGACAUUAGGAAACAGGAAGAGCGAGUCCAACAAGUACGCAAGAAAUUGGAAGAAGCACUGAUGGCGGACAUCCUGUCCCGGACUGCUGACACGGAGGAGAUAGACAUUGAUAUGGACAGUGGAGAUGACGCUUAAGAAUAUGAUCAGGUAACUUUCGACUGACCUUCCCCAAGAGCAAAUUGCUAGAAAUGGAAUUAAAACAUUUCCACCGGGUUUCGCCUGUAAGAAAAAAGUGUACCUGAGCACAUAGAGCUUUUUACUAGCACUAACCAAUGCCUUUCUAGAUGUAUUUUUGAUGUAUAUAUCUAUUAUUCCAAAUGAUGUUUAUUUUGAGUCCUAGGACUUAAAAUUAGUCUUUUAUAAUAUCAAGCAGGACCCUUAAAAUGAAGUGGAGCUUCUGAUGCCAGGUGCAAUCUACUGGAAAUGUAGCACUUACAUGAGAUAUUUGUUUCCCCCACAGUUUUAAUAUAAACAGAUCAAGAGUACCAAAUACGUUUCCCCACUAAAGAUUAUUAUGACUUCACUGUAUAUAAACAGAUUUUUAUACUUUAUUGAAAGAAGAUACCUGUACAUUCUUUCAUCGUCACUGUAAAGACAAAUAAAUGAUUAUAUUCACAGACUGAUUGGAACUUCUUCUGUUAAAGAACACACACAGUCAUAGCCCUUGGAUACCAUUUCUGAUCCACGUUCAACUUUGACCCCGGGCCUUAGCUUGGAAAUGGAGGUGGUGGGAAGUAGCUGGUGUAUUGCAGUGUGCCUGCAGACUUCUCUUCAUAGGGGUUGUCUCACCAGAAGCUUCAUAUUGUCUCUGCCAUUCAGUUUUCUCUUCUUGCCUGGGAGUAGUCCUUUGGAUAGUGCUACAAAAGUCAGCCUCUUCCUUCCCUGUGACAUGACUUAGGUAUGUAUACAAGGCCCCUAUCUAGGUAGGUGCUGCCUGAAGCUGCACUUGCUCUGCCUGGGAUAUUUCCCCUUUCUAAUAUCCACUAGCUUACUAAGUCUAUAGAGCACUUCAGAGCCUUUACACCGUGAGGCAGCCUCUAAGAAGUGGUUUUAUGAGCCAGAGUGUGAUGCUUUACUAAUCAGUAUCUGACCAAAGUAUUAAUUUUUCUCUUCUAUUAGAAGCCUAACUUUAUUACCACUGAAAUAGCUUGAUAUUUAUUUAUUAAAACUGGCAUUAAAUAUUCAGUGAGUUUUUUAAAUUAAAACAUACAUAAAUUGAUCUGAGCCAAAGACAAGAGGGAGUAGCUAUAAGGAAAUUAUGAAAAAUGGAGCCAAAAUAAUGUUGCUUUAUAGGGGCAGUUGAUGCAUUUAUGUGCUGGACCUGUGCUGUAUUUAUGUUCAUUUUAAAUGAGCACACAUGCUAAGCAUACAUGAGUCUCUACAUUCAGGUCCCAGCACCAAAAAAAAAAAAAAAAGAACAAAAUAAAAUUAGACCCGAAGGAAGUAGUGUGGUCAGGGUUGUGACCAUCUCUGCAUCCAUGUCACCUGUGCCCUUCCUUACCUGUAGUGGGUAGCCAUUCCACCAUAUUAAUUUCACUAAUAAUUACCAGGACCUCCAGCACGCUUUUCAUCCAGGGAAGGAGGGAGCAGCAGGAUUGUCAAAGCUGUACGACUAGCUGAGUUUGGGCUGCUCUGCUUUUUGAACUUUAUUGCCAAACUGUAACAAUACUUAUCGGAAUUUCUGAUUUUAUUAAAUUUUUAUGUCUGCACCUUAGGCCCCCAGUUUUCUUGAAACAUCCCUGCUGGUAGAUGAAUGGGCAGAUUUGCAGGCUCCAGGAGGAUUGUAGCCAGAGGAUCCCUGCUAGGGGCCAUCAGAGUGACUCAGGCUAGGUGUCUUGGAGUUAACCUUGAUAUCUCUUAAAGAGCUGGGACUACGGUUAGAAUGGCUUUCCGGAAGCUGUUCUCCUCCCACCCCAAGCUCCCGACUCCACGUGCAACCUCGUCUUGGGAUCAGAUACUCUUUUUACAACACAAUCCAACCCACUGUACAAACUUCUCUAAACAGGUUUUUGAAAGCAAACUGACAGUGUACAGACUACAAAGCUUUAGUAGUUUUUCCUUGUGUACUUUGCUCAGGUAGAAACAAGGUGUGUAAAAGCCAUUAUAAAGUGGUAUCUUGGUGACCAUCACAUGAGGCUGUGAUGUGCUCAGUAUACCCACAGGACAUGUCCAAAAUUAAAUUCACCAUUUUAUGGCCACAAGCCCACCAUCAUCUUGGAUUCUUCAACUUGGCUCAAAGUCAACUUCAGUUGGACAAGGCAGAAAUGCAGGAAUGAUGCUGGAUGUUGCUCAUUUCCUUGCUUGUAGCAUCUGUCAGUCCUGUUAGAAGUACUGAGUUAAUCACACCCACCCCUCACCUCCUUCCUUCCACAACCACUAAGUUCAUGGGAACCCUCUUCCCUCCCUCUGGACUUUUGAAUAGCUUCCUUUCUUCCACUGUCCCUUCUUCUUCCUCCUCUGUUCUCUAAAGAAGCAGAGGUGAUCAUGCCCCUUCCCUGCUCUGAAUUCCUCACUUGCCUUUAAAUGCAGGUUCCAAUGUCAGAACAUGAAUUUUGCAGUUACCCACAUCUUAUCCUAGACUUGGCCUUUGUGUGACUUGUCAGGGCCCUCAGUCUCCUUGAGUUUAUUCCUCCUCAGUGAAACAGGAAUAACAAUACCUACCUCAUAGAGUUGUGAGGAUUCCGGGAGAUGGUGUUUGCAAGGCGUUUGGGAAGGUGCCUGCCACUUAGUGGGUGCACUCAGGAGAAUGCUGUCACCGUCAUCCUGUUGUGUUUAAGAGGCGUUUGUCGGUAACCCUGACUGUGCUUGUAGCUUUAUUUCCAGUACCCUGUUUCUUUAUAGGGAAUUCUGAAACCUGUAUUUGAUUGGUUGUUCUUUGUCUCUUUCAUAGAAUGUAAGCUCUGUGAGAGCAAGGCUUCCCAGCACUUAGUCGAUUGCAUGUAAACAGACAAGCACUCGAGUCUGUUUCAAAAAAGAAAAAAAUAAUAGGAAGAAUGGUCAAAAGACUCUAACUGAUCUUGUAGCUGUAGCCUCACCCUGCUACUGUCCCCAUUGCUGUUCACUUG